AUGGAGUCCGCAGAUUUAGAGCGGACUUAUUCCCGCGAUCAACAGCAACAGCGGCUGAACGAUGGCUAUCACGUCACAACGCCGGUGGCGCUCGUGAGAAGCACGACCUCACGCAGCGUGAGGAGCGUGAGAAGCGCUCGAAGUCAGCAAAGUCGGAAGGGUCACUAUGCAGAAGGGUCUCGUACGGAUCGAUUGAGAAACCUCGAGAAAGAGGUAGACUCAGCGUCUGAUUUUGAGAAAGCCGAUGCAGACGGAAUCGAGGAGGUUGUGGUUCCGCCUCCGUCAAGCACGGCUUCAAGAGCAGGCUCCCAUUCAGAUGAAUCCAACGCUUCUCAUGGAGAGCCCAAGAAAAUCAUUCGGUUCAAGGAUGGUGACCCUGAAAACCCUGACAAUUGGCGACAGGUCAAGAAACUAUACGCACUUUUUGUGGCCAUCAUGAGUGUGAUGAACAGCACAAUUGGCUCCUCACUACCCGCUGGUGCGACAGGACCCAUCUCACAGCAUUUUGGGGAAACGAACGAAUACAAGCUCAUCCUACCUACCUCAAUGUAUCUCGUUGGUUAUGUCUGUGGACCUAUGAUCUGGGGGCCGCUUUCGGAGUCGUACGGUCGCAAACUCGUGAUGAUGAUAUCGUUCGCCAUAUUCACUGUCUUCUCCAUCACCUCAGCUGUGUCGCCAAACUUCGCGGCCCUCGUCAUUUUCAGAUUGCUUGUUGGUAUUGGUGGCAGCUGUGCGAUAAGUGUUGUUGGCGGGAUUUGCGCAGAUAUUUACCACGACCCGAAAAGUCGAGGGAGGAGCAUGGCAGGCUUCAUGGCUGCGACAACCUUUGGGCCAAUCCUCGGACCGCCGAUCUCCGGCUAUAUCUCAGUCGUCUCGUGGGCUUGGGGGUUCUGGGUAGGAGCCAUUCUAGCGGGUGUCACCUGGCCGCUGUUUAUCUUCCUGCCUGAGACGUAUGGUCCAGUGAUUUUGAAGCACCGUGCGCAGAGAAUGCGCAAGGAGACAGGCGACGAGAGCAUCAUCGCUCCCAUUGAACUGGAAAAGACGGAUUUCAACCACAUUGUCACCGUGAUUCUGACGAGACCUAUACGCAUGCUGUGCUUCGAGCCGUUGGUGCUAUUCACCUGCUUGUACUUGAGCUACGCAUACGCCAUCUUCUACAUCUACCUCCAAUCCUACCCCAUCAUCUUCACCGGCAUCUACGGCUUCACGCCCGGCGAACAGGGCCUGACCUUCCUCCCCAUCGGCGUCGGUGCCCUGAUCUCCGCUUGUUUCUAUCUCACCUGGGACUGGUACCUGGCGCGCGCGCAACGACUCAACAAGCCGUGGAGCCGCAACGAGGAAAUGGUCCGCUUGCCGCUGGCGUGCAUCGCGGGGCCCUUCUUCGUCAUCUCGAGUUUCUGGCUCGGCUGGUCCGCCCGGGCCGAUGUGCACUGGAUGGUGCCGACCUGCGCCGGGGUCAUGUUUGGCAUGGGGUAUCUGUGUCUGUUCAUGGCGCUGCUGAACUACCUCGUCGACGCGUACGAGGUGUUUGCCGCGAGCGCUAUGGCCGCGGCGUCGCUCUCGCGGUCGUCGUUCGGCGCGGUGCUGCCGUUUGCGACUAGGCCGAUGUACAGGGCGUUGGGUGUCGCGUGGGCGACGAGCUUGUUGGGGUUCCUGGCUGUCGCGCUGUGCGUGGUGCCGUUUGUGUUUUUGAAGUUCGGAGGCCGCAUGAGGGAGCGCUCGAAGUUCUGCCAGUAUCUGCGGAUGAAGAAGUUGGAGGAGGCGGAGGCGUUGCGGGAGGAGCGCGAGGGUGCGAAGGAGCCGGAUGUCAGGGUGGGUCCGGAUGAGGUGAAGGGGAAAGAGGGGGUGUAG